UGAUGAUUCGCCUCAGCUGCCUGUGGGGCGGCCUCAUUGUGGUCCUCUGUGUCACCCGAUGUGCCACAGAGCCCGUCUUCAUCCCUGUCGAAGACUCCGCUGAACGGUGCGAAGGGGGUGAUAAGGCCGACUUGCCUGAUGGCUUUGGGUGCGUGCGGUUUGAUCCUGGCGAGAGCACAGCAACUGUCGGACGAGAUGAGGGCGAAGCCGUUGAGUUCUUCCUCGGUGAGUCAGAAAAAGUCGCUUGCACUUGUCAAGGAAGGAUCCAUGACAUUUGUUUGUCUCUCCAUGUGCUGUCGGGUGUCGGCAGGCAUCCAAUAUGCCACUGCUGAACGCUUCGAGCCAGCCACAGAGGUACGUUGGGACAAGAAAACGGGAGGAGACGGGGGAAUGCUCAGUUUUGGUGUGUAUUGUCGGUGUGCAGAGGGUGUAUGGAGAGGAUGACGCGGGGACGACAAUCAAUGGCGAAGAGAAUCAAGGCGACGCGUGCGUAUCUGGCUGCAAGUUGACGAUCGAUACACCUGGUAACACAACCACACACAUACACACGCAACUGCUCGCCCCUCCUCUCCCUCAUGCCCCAGACAUAUGCGAAGCCCCCAAUGGCGUGGAAAGCGAGGAGUGUCUCUUCCUCUCCAUUUGGCGCCCUCAAGACGAGUCCCUCAGAACGACACAGAUCAUCGUAGGUUCAGACCUGUAGGCGGAGAGGCCCCAAGCACACACAGGACUCAUCUAGCUCUCCUUUCUCGCUGUCUGCGUGUCUAGAUCAUUCUGCAUGGGGGCGGCUUUCUCGCAGGUGAGUGAAGAAAGGCAGGGGGAGAUGGGUCAUCAAUACGUGCUCUUUUCCAUGGAUGACAGGCACUGGGAUGGCGGACUUCGUGUAUGCCGAAGAGGUCGCACGACGAACGGGUCAGCAAUACCAUGCACACUUGUAGCACUCACCAGUCACGAAUGCCACGUGUGUGUUGCAGGAGCGUUGGUUGCAAGUGUCAAUUACCGACUUGGCGUACUUGGCUGGCUGUCUUCCUUCACAACCGAGCCCAACGAGCGGCCAGAACUUCCUGGGAAUUACGGCCUUACGGAUGCGUGGGCAGUCUUACGAUGGCUCGAGAGAUACGCCACCGUACGCGAGCCGUGUACACAUAUCAACUGUGUCGCUAUUCGUAUGUGGCUGUGGAUGUGGCUAUCACGCAGUUUUUUGUCGGUGAAGUGUGCGACAAAGGGUCGAGACUUUGUGAUUUCUCGGAGCUGAGCCUCAACCUAUGGGGAUUCUCUGCAGGAGCGAAGCUGGCAGCGGUAGCACAUGUACUAUCACAGCUGACGCGCUGCCGUCUUUUUUCUUCCUAUUGCAGUGCGUCUUGACGAGUCCAGUGACACCGCUGGCUACAAACCUGCCGCUAGGGCAGAUCGAGCAAGUCAUCUUGUCCUCCGGGUCAUGGGGACUCCCCGAUCGAGCCGGCCCUCUUCUGACAGUACAGACAGAGGCAAUUCUUAAGACACUCGAGUGAGCAGGCUGAUGACGCACAGACGCAUAAGGCGCGGGCAGGCAGAGGAAGGAAACACUGUUUUUUGUCACACGCGAGCAGGUGCAUUGGUUUGUUUGAGAGUCUGAAAGUGGAUGCCAAUGGUGCGUUUGUGGUGCGAGAAGAGACCAUCGAGUGCCUCAAGGUCAGCACUCGAUAGAAAAGAUCAGCAGUACGACGGUGGAGUGUGGCGGCUUUUAUCCCCCGCAGAACGCUGAUGUUGAAAAGAUACGGCUUGGCAAUGCGGCGGGUCUGGCGGUAUGUGUGUAUGACACGUCUGUGUGCAUGCGUCAGCUUGUCUCCCUCUGUGUCUGUCGUGACUACACAGGCUAUUGUGGUUGGCGAUUUCAGCUACCUUGCCGAGCCGUACAGUCCUGUCGGAGUAGCCCCAUUCCUCCCGGAUACGGAUUGCGUUCAGGACUUGAAGGCAGGCAGCGACUCCACACAAAGAUCCGUUAUAGGGAUGAUCUUGUUACGUUUUCUCACGCGUCGCAGGAGGGCAAGUUCUAUGGCCAAGAGGCAGGUUCCUUUCCCGCCGACGAUCGGCCAAGAUUCCUGAUCACAGGGGGAAAGAAUGAGGGGACCCUCUUCAUCCGUGCAGUGAGUGGGUGGGUAUGAUCCAUGUCUCGCACCAUACGUGUUGUCUCACGCAGGCGCUAGAUCUAUUGCCGAAUCUUCCUGGCUCGUCAUUGAUCUCUGCACUGCUCAGCGCAAAAUCAUACGUGUAUGUCUGGACGCGCACUCAUUGACAACGCUCUGUAGAUCAUGUCACUUACUGCCUGCGUGUCUGUUUGUCUGUCUGUCUGUCUGUCUGUGUCUGUCUGUGUCUGUUUGUCUGAUCAGGAUCGCGCUCCUCCUUCUUUUCGGUCCCGAGGAUGCUAAGUGCCUCCUACGCGAGUAUCCUGCGAAGUCCGUCAUACACAGAAAAUGCACGCAGGCAUGCCUGCAUGUAUGCCUUCUUGGCUCCUGUGUGUAUCACCGCAUGUCUGUCUCCCUUGUCCACGCAUCCAUGCAGUGGGAAGGAAGGGAGUGAGCCAGCAAACGGCCCUGGCAGUGCCCCCGAUACCGUUAGCAGUGUCUCAAGCGCGGUGAGUCAAGAUAGAGAAGAACUGACAACAUUCAUACAACAAAUGACGUGUACGUGUGAGUGCUGCUCGUGUAGUACGGCGACUACUAUUUCUCGUGCUCUGCCCGAGCAUUAUGCAAGGCACUUGCAGGUAGUGCUGAUGGCGGCGUCGUGUGCUAUGGCAGCUUCUACGAGAGUGGCUGGGAUUUCUCCACUCCUGAAUUCAUGACCAACGCGAAGUCGCCACAAGGGGGCCAAUUCGACAUCUACAGAAGCUUCUGUUUCGAGCCUGGCAUCACAUGCCACUUGGAAGAGCAAGUAGGUGCAUGUCGAAUAGACACUGAUGCUACACGCACGUGUAUAUGUCAUGCAGAUGUGGGUCCUCGGCAACGGGGAGAGGAUAUUUCCUAACUUUGACUUCUCAGAAGACCUGGAAGAGGAUGUCGCGCUGACGCUCGAUGAGCCUGGCGACCCAGUGCGGAAUCAGGGAUUCCUCCCGAUAGUUAAGAACUUCAUCGACACCGGCUUUCCCUUUGACCCAACUGACAACUCUGACGGUGUAUGGCCUCCAUUCACUGAAGACGCAGCCAACUACGUGGCGCUCUCCGACUUGAUAGACGGGGCGGACAAUUCGCCUGUCUCCUUCUUCAAGACGGUCGCACAGGUUGAGCAGGAUGGCGGGUUCAAGAUCGAAGAAUGCGCCUGCUGGGAUGAAAUCAAUCCAGAGUGAGCACACAUAUCAAUAGAAGAUAUUCGUGUCUCUCGUGCUGCGUUGUUUUUGGCGCUUCCAGUUACGACGCCACGUGGCUCCAGAUUAAGAAGAGACGGUAUGACAUCUUCUCAACAACCGAUGCUGAAGCCGAGACACGAUUGCUUGAGCUGUUCGCUCUUCACGGGCCUCCCGCCAAGUCAGAUUGCGUCGGGUCCGAUUGCAUCAUGGGAUGGGACGGCAAGACCUCGCCAGUGAAUUAGAUUGGGGAGGGAGAAAGGCAGCUGUGGGCGAGUGAGAGUGAGCGCGUGCGAAUAAGUGCAAUAAUGUGUCUUUUU